AUGGGUUCAAUUUGUCUAAACGACGACUCGUUUGGCCCCGCCGUCCGUGGUUGCCGUGAUGACUUUGACUUUACUGUCCGGUUCGAGAGCAUAUUUCUCUCCAUUAUCCCGGCUGCCGUUUUUACUGCUGUCUCACUCCCCCGCAUUGUCUAUCUCUCCCGGAAGCCUCGCAUAGUGAGCGCUAAGAGCAUCGAGACUAUAAAAUUGGCCAUCAUCACAGUGUUUGCCACACUUCAGUUCGCACUACUUAUUGUUCAAACCACCUCCAAUGGCUCGCUCGAUGGGUUCGCUGCCGCGGCAUCCGCCCUCAGUUUCCUUGCCUCCCUCUUCAUGAUCGGCCUGUCGUUUGCCGAGCACUCCAGAGCGCCUAGACCGAGUAUGCUCUUAACGGGCUAUAUAUUCUUCCAGAUUCUGUUCGAUGUCGCGCAGGCUAGGACCUCUUGGUUGAUGGCCAGAACGUCACUUUCGACCCAACUAUUCGCCAGGCUUUUCACUGCUUCAUUGGCUGUCAAGGUCGUCAUACUUCUUGUCGAGGCUCAGAGAAAGGCAAGGUGGAUUCGCUGGACCGCAGAAGAGCACAGCCCCGAGGAGACGAGCGGGCUCUUCAGCUUGAGCGUCUACUUCUGGCUUAACCGCCUCUUCCUCCACGGCUACAAAAAGGUUUUAACCAUCAAGGAUCUCUACGCCCUCGAUCGAGGCAUGAUAGCGGAGACGAUGCAAGUCACCCUGGCUCAGGAACUCGAUAAGGGGACGUAUCGCGGCAGAAAGCAUGGGCUCGCCCGAGCCCUGGCCAAAUCGCUUGCCGUUCCGCUCAUGUUACCAGUGGUGCCGAGGCUCGCGCUCAUUGGGUUCUCUUACAGUCAACCGUUUUUUAUACAGUCUCUUUUGGUCUAUCUCCAAGAAGACCCGGAAACAACGCCAAAAAACAUGGGCUACGGGCUGAUCGGCGCCGCCUUUUUUAUUUACGCGGGCAUUGCCGUCUCCACCGCUCUGUACUACUACUUCCACCAGCGAGUUCUCUACAUGUCUCGGGGUUGCUUGGCGGCAGUCAUCUAUAAGAAGACCACGGAGGCCUCGAUCUCAGGGGCCGGUGAUGAUUCUGCCGCAGUAACGCUCAUGAGCACCGACAUCGAGCGCAUAAUACGCGGAUUUUACCCUCUUCACGAGUGUUGGGCCAGUUUCCUGGAAAUAGCUCUCGGCUGCUGGCUGCUUCAAAAAAAACUCGGGAUAGCAUUCAUCGCGCCCAUUGCCGUGAUUCUAGUAUGUACCGGCAUCACAGCCGCGGCUGCAAAGUUGACAGGGGAGCGGCAAUCUCGCUGGAUGGCCCAAAUACAGAAGCGCGUGGGGCACACUUCAAACAUCAUCAGCAAUAUGAAGCACUUGCGUAUUUCUGGGCUCGCAGGCAUCGUGGGCGAUUUAAUCCAGAAAAUGAGGGUCGAAGAGAUGCGGAUUGGAAACCAGUUCCGUUGGCUCCUUAUUGUUAGUGCACUCGGUGCACUAUCGCCUGCAAUAGUUUCCCCGGCCGUAACUUUUGCCUUUGCGCAGUCGCGUCUGGACGUUACCACCAUCUUCACGUCAUUUUCAUUCUUGGUUCUUCUUAACGCCCCAUUGGGCAUGCUCUUUCAAGCUGUCCCGGGUCUGAUUGCCGGCUUUACCUGUCUUGGACGCAUCCAGAAGUUCCUCGAGGCGGAUCCCCGCGUCGACUUCCGGCAGUCUGCCCACUCGUCGGCACCGAACGAUAAGCAAUCCGAGGAAACUGCGUACAGGGACAGCUUGGAAGGGAUUCCUCUGGAGUCGGUCGGCAAGGCGGCCGACCAAAGCUCGGAACGCUGCGCCUCCGGUCCUGCCAUCGCUAUUGUAGAUGGCAGCUUCGGCUGGUCAGCAGAGAAGAUGGUCCUCCAGGACAUCACGGCGUCCGUCCCGGCAUCGCAGUUGACAAUUGUUGUUGGUCCUGUGGCGUCAGGUAAGUCCACACUAUGCAAGGUUUUCCUCGGUGAGGUCCCCUUCAGCAGCGGUCUGGUCUCGGUCCUCUCACGCAAUGCUGCCAUCGGAUACUGCGAACAGAACCCGUUCCUGUCCAACGGCUCCAUCAAAGACAACAUUGUCGGAUUUUCCCCAUUCAAUCAAGCACGGUACGAUGAGAUACUCGACGCAUGCAUGCUUUCCAAGGACUUGCUACUCCUACCGUAUGGCGAUGAUACAAAGAUCGGGAGCAACGGCAUCAUGCUCAGCGGUGGCCAAAAACAGCGCGUCUCUCUUGCCCGUGCUCUCUACCUCAAUAGCAACCUCUUGAUCUUUGACGACAUUCUGAGCGGGUUGGACAACGACACUUCGGCUGAGGUUUUCAGAAAGGUCUUUGGGGUCGAUGGCAUCAUCCGCCGGCGUAGGGCAACGGCCGUUUUGUGCACACAUGCAAUCAAACACCUCCCUCUAGCCGACCACAUCAUUGCCCUCGGGCCUGAUGGCACACUCGUUGAAGAAGGCACCUUUGAAGACCUGAUGCGGGACAACAAAUACGUUGCCAGCCUCGGGGUUAAGGCAACAGACUCGGACACGGACUCAGAAAGCGGCAGCAUAUCAGACCGCAAGCCCGACCCUUUGCCGCCACCGAAAGCGAAGCGUACCCCGGCUAUUUCCGAAGAUAUGAUGGAGAAGUCAAGGCAAACGGGCGAUUUCAAAGUUUAUAUCCAUUAUCUUCGCAGCUUGAGCAUCCCUGCCACCGUCAUCUUCGUGCUCGGCUCCGCCUCCUAUGCCAUUUGGAAUACCUUCCCGACAAUGUGGUUGAAGUACUGGGCCGAAGAUACGCUCGGCAAGAGCAGCCAGUACUAUGCUGGGCUUUUCGGCUUCUUCAAAGCGUUGCAGCUUCUCUCCCUCGUGGUGGGCGGUGUCGCUUUGAUUAUUUACAUGACUACGAGCUCCGGGGAAGCGCUUCAUCAACAAGCCUUGCGAACCGUCAUCCACGCACCACUGACGUUCUUCACAAACACAGAUACGGGAAUCGUUACGAAUCUUUUUUCCCAGGACAUGACACUGAUCGACUCAGAAUUGCCAAUGAGUGUACUCAAUGCCGUCAUGAGUGGUUUUGAGGCAAUUGGCAUGGGGGUGGUGAUUGCUGUUGGAAGCCCGUAUAUGGCCGUCAGCUAUCCCUUCCUGGUCGCCUUCUGCUGGAUUAUACAGAAGUUUUACCUUCGAACGUCUCGUCAGCUCAGACUUUUGGACCUGGAGUCAAAGAGCCCCCUAUACACCCACUUCCUCGACACCAUCAAAGGUGUGGCGACCAUACGUGCAUUCGGUUGGACGGAUAAGAACAUCGAUUUUAACCAGCACCUGCUCGACACCUCGCAGCGGCCCGCGUAUUUGCUUGCCAUGAUUCAACAGUGGCUCGUCGUGACGAUGCAGCUCAUGGUUGCCUGUAUCGCCGUCGUCCUCGUCGGUCUCGCCGUCGGACUUAGGGCUAGCUCCGGAUUCACUGGAGCGUCCUUGGUCACCCUCAUGACGUGGGGCGAGACCAUUGCGUGGCUCAUCCGGUGCUACACCCAGCUCGAGACGUCCAUCGGCGCCAUCGCACGUAUCAAGACGUUUUCCGAAAAGGUCACCCCGGAGGAUCUUGAAGGUGAAGACAUCGAUCUGCCGGAAGAGUGGCCGGCUAACGGUCAGAUUGACAUCAAGGGGGUGUCUGCUUCGUAUAGCAACGAACAGCAAACAUCAUCGGAAGGUAUUGUGACGCCCCCGAGUCUCGCGCUGAAAGACCUCAAUUUCUCCGUCCAACCUGGCCAGAAGGUUGCCCUCUGUGGGAGAACCGGAAGCGGCAAAUCCUCGCUGAUUCUUCUCCUACUCCGCCUUCUGGACCCCGUGUCGACCUGCUCGCAGAAUAUUGAGAUUGACGGCGUCCCGUUCCACCGCAUCGACCGGUCGACGCUCCGCGGGCGCAUCAUCGCCGUGCCCCAAGACGCCGUCUUCCUCCCCGACGGUAGCACGAUCAAGUCGAACCUCGACCCGUUCGAGGCAGCUUCGGACGCCGAGUGUCUCUCGGUGUUACGCGCGGUGCAGCUCGCCGGCUUCGUCGAGGAGCAGGGCGGGCUGCACGAAGGCAUGAGCGCCGACAGCCUCAGCGCGGGGCAGAAGCAGCUCUUCAGCCUGGGACGGGCGAUCCUCCGGCGGCGCAUGAAGGAUGCGCGAUCCAAACGGCGCGGGGGAGGUAUCCUGCUGCUCGACGAGGUUAGCUCAAGCGUGGACCACGCGACGGACCGGCUGAUGCAGGAGAUCAUCAAGGAGGAGUUCGCGCAGUACACGAUCGUCAUGGUGUCGCACAGGCUUGAGCUUGUCGUGGACUUUUUCGAGGCAGUGAUUGUCAUGGACCAGGGCCGGGUCAUCGAGACGGGCAGCCCCCCGGAGCUGGUCAACACGAGGGGCAGCCGGUUUGGCGAGCUGUGGGCGAUUGAGAACCAAGGCAGGUCGUAG